AUGGAAUGUAAAAUGAUACUGAUCCAGUUUGUACUUCUGCUGGUCUCUUUACAUCUAGUCAAGGCAGAAGAAGAAGCAGAAACAGACAAUUUUCCGUUUGUACGCUCACCUUUUCACCAUGUCGACUGGUUAGGAAAACGAUAUGAAUCAACUAUUCACGCUACUGAUCAAUUUUCUGCACACAGGGAUGCAAUAAUCCUUGGAAAGGCAAUAAAUUCCAAUCGCGACGUCACUGGAACCUUGUUGAGUAUUUUGACUGCUCGAACUAAUCUUGAACGUCAACAGAUCAAGAAAACUUAUCAAUCGAUAUACAGAAAGUCCCUGCCCGAUGCGAUUGCACGAAGAACAAAUAAACAAUUCGCUAAUCUUAUGGAUGAUUUGCUUACUAAUACACCUGAACUACUUGUUAAGGAAUAUUUGAAAGCAUUGAAGUCAUCUGAUGUGCGAUUAGUCACAACUAUCUUAAAUGAUUUCUGGAAUGAAGAAUACAAAGCAUUUGUCAAUGCCUAUACACCAUACGCCAAUCGAACAUUCUGGGAUGAUUUAAGAGAUAACUAUGGCAUUUUUAUCAAACAAAUUCUCUAUGGUAUCGUUGAUACGAGACUAGUGGAACCUGAAUGGACUUCUGAAAUAAAAGGACAAGGCAGAAAACCAAAAUUGGAUAAAGAGUCAGCCGUGAAAAAGGCAGAGGAAUUCGAAGACAGCAAGACUUAUGGGGAGGAUUAUGGAGAUCUACUUGGUUUCACAAUGAGUGCAAUUGAUCCUUUCCAGUUAAGAUUAAUAAUCCAAAUAUAUAGUCGGAAGUACAACCGAAAUCUCAGGAGAGACAUUGUAACAGGAACUUCUGGUCGAAUUCGUGACUUACUUCUAGCACUGUAUGAUUAUGCAACAGACAAACCUUCAUUAAUGGCCGAUAUCUUACACAAUGCCUUCAAAAAUCGAAAUACAGAUGACAGAGGAUUCCAGCGUUGGUUGAUUCUUCGUUCUGAGAAAUCACGCUUAUUUACUGAUUCCUUUGUUUGUUACUCUUCAUUGAAACAGAAGUACAACCGAAAUCUCAGGAGAGACAUUGUAACAGGAACUACUGGUCGAAUUCGUGACUUACUUCUAGCACUGUAUGAUUAUGCAACAGACAAACCUUCAUUAAUGGCCGAUAUCUUACACAAUGCCUUCAAAAAUCGAAAUACAGAUGACAGAGGAUUCCAGCGUUGGUUGAUUCUUCGUUCUGAGAUUGAUUUGCGCUCCGUUGAUGAAAAAUACGAACAGAAAUACAAAGGAUCUUUAUCUGAUAAUGUUAAACGAAUGUCUACUGGGGACUAUAGAAAAGCUUUAUUAGCAAUUCUACAAGGAAACGGGAAUGUCAUCACAGAUUAUCAUAAUCCAAAGUGAAAUUUGAUUAUGACUUUCGUUAACACACAUAUACAUAACUUUGAUACAGUCAUUCCUUAGAUGUAGUCAACUUUGCAAAUAAAUAAAUAAAUAAUUUUCAC